AUGAAUUUGAGAGGUUUUUGUAAGAAUUCUAUACCAAGCAAAUCGAUUGCCGAAAGAAAGGGAAAGAAACACAACGUGUGGACGGUAUGGACGGCGGCGGCGCACAUCAUAACGGCGGUGAUCGGGUCCGGCGUGCUGUCGCUGGCCUGGGCCAUGGCGCAGCUGGGCUGGGUGGCCGGGCCGCUCACCCUGGUGCUCUUCGCCGUCAUCACCUUCUACACCUGCGGCCUCCUCGCCGACUGCUACCGCGUCGGCGACCCCGUCACUGGCAAGCGCAACUACACCUACACGGAGGCCGUCCAGUCCUACCUAGGCGGAUGGCACGUCUGGUUCUGCGGCUUCUGCCAGUACGUGAACAUGUUCGGCACCGGCAUCGGCUACACCAUCACCGCCUCCACCAGCGCCGCCGCCUUGAAGAAGUCCAACUGCUACCACUGGCACGGGCACAAGGCGGACUGCAGCCAGUACCUGAGCGCCUACAUCAUCGGCUUCGGGGUGGUGCAGGUCAUCUUCUGCCAGGUGCCCAACUUCCACAAGCUCUCGUGGCUCUCCAUCGUCGCCGCCAUCAUGUCCUUCUCCUACGCCACCAUCGCCGUCGGCCUCUCGCUGGCGCAGACCAUCUCGGGGCCCACGGGGAAGACGUCGCUGACCGGCACGGAGGUCGGGGUCGACGUCGACGCCUCGCAGAAGGUCUGGAUGACGUUCCAGGCCCUCGGCAACGUCGCCUUCGCCUACUCCUACACCAUAAUCCUCAUCGAGAUCCAGGACACGCUACGGUCACCUCCGCGCGAGAACGAGACGAUGCGGAAGGCGACGCUGAUGGGCAUCUCGACGACGACGGCCUUCUACAUGCUGUGCGGCUGCCUGGGCUACUCGGCCUUCGGCAACGACGCCAACGGCAACAUCCUGACGGGGUUCGGCUUCUACGAGCCCUACUGGCUGGUGGACUUCGCCAACGUGUGCAUCGUGCUCCACCUGGUGGGCGGGUUCCAGGUGUUCUGCCAGCCGCUGUUCGCGGCGGUGGAGGGCGGCGUGGCGCGGAGGUACCCGGGGCUGGGCCGGGAGCACGCGGCGGUGUUCCGGCUGGUAUGGCGGACGGCGUUCGUGGGGAUGAUCACGCUGCUGGCCAUGCUGAUGCCCUUCUUCAACAGCAUCCUGGGGUUCCUGGGCAGCAUCGCCUUCUGGCCGCUCACCGUCUUCUUCCCCGUGGAGAUGUACAUCCGGCAGCGGCAGAUCCCGCGGUUCGGCACCAAGUGGGUGGCGCUGCAGAGCCUCAGCUUCGUCUGCUUCCUCGUCACCGUCGCCGCCUGCGCCGCGUCCAUCCAGGGCGUCCGCGACUCGCUCAAGACCUACACGCCCUUCACCACCAAGUCGUGA